AUUUAGAUGCACAUCUAGAUGCUCUGAAGAACAGCAACAACUCUUUGGGGGAUAGCUACUUCAACAUCAUGACCAAGGACAAAGACUCUACUGUCAAAAGAUUUCACUUUGUUUACAUCGUGACCUUUAUCAUUGGAACCAUAAUCCAGUUUUCCGAUGAAAGUGAAUUUGCAGUAGACAUGUCAAAUAGCGGCCUUACUCAAAUCCCAAAGGGCCUGCCACCAAAAACCAAAGUCUUAGAUAUGUCUCAGAACUACAUAUCUGAGCUUCACCUCUCUGAUAUAAGCUUUCUCUCAGAGCUGAAAGUACUGAGACUUUCCCAUAACAGAAUCCAGCACCUUGAUAUUAGUAUUUUCAAGUUCAACCCGGAUUUGGAAUAUUUGGAUUUAUCUCAUAAUCAGUUGCAGAAGGUAUCUUGCCAUCCUAUCACCAAUCUCAAGCAUUUAGACCUCUCCUUCAAUGAUUUUGAUGCCCUGCCGCUCUGUAAGGAAUUUGGCUACUUGACGCAACUCAAUUUCUUGGGAUUAAGUGCUACAAAGCUACAACAAUUAGAUCUGCUACCAAUUGCUCACUUGCAUCUAAAUUACAUCCUUCUGGAUUUGGAAGGUUAUUAUGUGAAAGAAAAUGGAGAAGAAAGUCUUCAAAUUCUGAAUACAAAAACACUUCACCUCGUUUUUCACCCAAAUUAUUUAUUCUCUGUCCAAGUGAAUAUAUCAGUUAAUACUUUAGAGUGCUUACAACUAACUAAUAUUAAACUGAGUAAUUCCAACUGUCAAGUUUUAAUUAAAUUUUUAUCAGAACUCACUAGAGGUCCAACGUUAUUGAAUUUUACCCUUAACCAUGUAGAAACAACUUGGAAAUGUUUGGUUAGAGUUUUCCAAUUCCUUUGGCCCAGACCUGUAGAAUAUCUCAAUAUUUACAAUUUAACAAUAGUUCAAAGCAUUGGUGAAGAAGAUUUUACUUAUUCUGAAACGGCACUGAAAGCAUUAAAAAUAGAACGUAUUACAAACAAAGUUUUUCUUUUCUCACAGACAGCGUUAUACAGAGUGUUUUCUGAGAUGAACAUUAUGAUGUUAACCUUAUCAGAUGCACCUUUUAUACACAUGCUUUGCCCUCAAGCAACAAGCACUUUAAAAUUUUUGAACUUCACCCAGAAUGUUCUCACAGACAGUAUUUUUCAAAAAUGCUCUACUUUAGUUAGAUUGGAGACACUUAUCUUACGAAAGAAUGAAUUAAAAGACCUUUACAAAGUAGGUCUCAUGACUAAGGAUAUGACAUCUUUGGAAACACUGGAUGUGAGCUGGAAUUCUUUGGAAUAUGAUAGACAUAACAGAAAUUGCACUUGGGUUGGGAGUAUAGUGGAGUUAAAUUUGUCUUCAAAUAUACUUACAGACUCUGUUUUCAGAUGCUUACCCCCCAGGAUCAAGGUGCUUGAUCUUCACAAUAACAGGAUAAGGAGCAUCCCUACAGAUGUCACUAGUCUGGAUGCUUUGCAAGAACUCAAUGUUGCUUCCAAUUCUUUAGCCCACCUUCCCGGAUGUGGGAGCUUUAGCAGCCUUUCUGUACUGACCAUUGACUAUAAUGCAAUUUCCAACCCAUCAGCUCAUUUCUUCCAGAGCUGCCAGAAGAUUAGGUCCAUAAGAGCAGGGAACAAUCCGUUCCGGUGUACAUGUGAGCUGAGAGAAUUUACCCAAAGUAUAGGCCAAGUAGCAAGUGAGGUGGUAGAGGGUUGGCCUGACUCUUACAAGUGUGACUAUCCAGAAAGUGGUAGCUGUGUGAAGGUAACAGCCUCAGGGUAA